GAUUUCGUGUUUAAACACCACUGAUUUUAAAAAACACAAAGCGCACCAAAAGUUCCAAAGUUCCGCGCCACCGCCAUGGCCAUCGAUCCCAACCCCACCCCAUCUGCCUCUGCCGCCAUUACUCCGGCAAUCACCUCCGCCGCCGGUACCUCCGCUCCGGCUGCAACCCCGACCACUACAGCGAACACAAACCUCGCUCGUCCCUUCACAAACCCACCCCCAUCAAGACCCAUAUCUCCGCUCCAGCAACCUCAGCCCCUCCAUCCCCAUCAUCAGCUCACCACCACUACCGCCGCUUCUGUAUUCUCUUCUCAGCAGCCCCCUUACGCGGCUCAUGCCCUCCCCCUACGUGCGCCGGUCCCUCCUUAUUCCAAUUCCCAAUUGGUCAAAUCCCCGAAUGACCCUUCCUCCCCGGCGCACGGAAUUCCCUACCCUGUCGCAUCCUCCGGCCGGGGAUUCAUCUCCAAGGUUGUUCGGCCCGAUCAGACUGUCACUGUCGCCAACCCAGGCGGCGGCAGCGGCUACCCUGCUCGUCCCUUCGUCGCUGCGGGGUUCCAUCACGCGGGAGGUGUGCGGGGCCCGCAUUUGGAGUCUGUGAAUGCGAAUCAUGCUGCGCAUAUGGUCAGGCCGAUGCAGAACUUGCAGCAGCACCUUUAUCAUCCUCAUCUUGGCUCGGCUGUUGGCCCAGUCAAGGGUGUUCCUGUUUCUGUGCAGUCAAAGGUUUCUUCUUCAUCUUCAGCACCCGACUGUAAUGGCCAUAAAGAUAUGAGGGAUAAAAGCAGGGAUGAUACUUUAACUGUUGUCAAAGAUCGAAAAGUCAGAAUUGUUGAGGGAGCUUCUCUGUAUGCACUUUGUCGAUCAUGGUUAAGAAAUGGUACUCAAGAUGAAGCUCAGCCACAAUAUGGUAACGGUCCUAGGUCCCUGCCAAAACCCUACCCUAUUUCUGUGGCGACUGGCAAUUUACAAAAGAAGGAAAGUCCAGAAGAAUAUGAUGAUGGUGGAGUUGAGGGUGAGGAAUCUGUUGAGCAUCUAAGUGCAGAUGAUCUGUUAAAAGGACAUGUGAAGCGUGCUAAACGGGUUCGAGCAAGGUUACGAGAACUACGGUUAAAACGAAUUGCAAGGUACAAAUCUAGGCUUGCUCUUCUACUUCCCCCUUUGGCGGAGCAGUUCAGAAGUGAUUCUUCUGCUGGAACUUGAUUUAAGCUGACUUGAAUCAAUAUCAUUUCCUUGGCUGCAGAACUAGAAAAUAACUAUGUAGCUUAUUAAGAGUGACAGUUGUAGAGCGCCCUCAUUUUUUUUUGGGUAUCCUUUCUUGUUUCCUUUUUAGAGUGAUAAUUCGAGUGUUGAAAUUUUUUGUCAGGAAGAGUGUUGAAAUUUUUUGUCAGGAAGAGUGUUGAUUUGUCUCUAGAGUUUUGUAACAGUAUGUGUAUGUGUAAUAAUAAUUUAUUUUUGUUUACUUCA